AAUUGCUUUGUGUUUGUCUUGACAUAAAAAUACGGCUUACAACAACCUCUGGUGACUCAGUAAGAACUGUAGUUACUCAGUUAUUAUGUUAGGAGGAAAUUUCCCWACAUUAUGACGGCUUACGUCUUUCGACUGUUUGUUCAAAGGCCAAAGUUGCUAUUUGGUCUGCUCUUGACAGCCCACAGUAUCUUGAUCAUCACGACUGCUGGAUUAUAUUUUUCUGGAUAUGACAUUUUACCGGCCGAUUUUACACAAGUUCCUUUGAAUUUGGAAACGGAUGAGAGGAAGCUUCGAGCCGAUGCUUGGAAAUUCGUUCGUCAGGAUCCAAGCGUGACUUUAAACCCUUUGGUUGUGGGUAAACAGAGAGAACGUAGCUGUCGACGAGACGUACUCGAAAUUGUUUACGAAACUAGAAAUGGGAAUGUUUUCAGUCGGAGAAAUUUAAAAAUUAUUAACAGAACAGAACAGAGACUUUAUAAUAACAAAGUGUAUAAAUCAAAGCUCUGUCAAGUUGAAGGAAAUGGUAAAUGUCGUCUUCCAAUGUCGAUUCUACGAUUUUUCGAUGGCACUUUUCGAAGGCUACAUCCGAACUUCUACGAUCCUGAAUUUACAUCAAUUCCAAAGGUACUGGCCACUGCCACAAAAAUUAACCUAACCCGUGCUUUACUGGAUUUUCACCUUUCAAGAGAUGCCGAGAUAAGCUUGAAAGACAACAAAGCUAACGCGUAUUAUACUAGAACACUCUUUUUUAUUGGCUACCCACUCAAAGGCUUUUCCAACACGGAAGAUAGACCCGAUGAGCAAUGGGAUAAAGUUCAGGAAUACGCGAAAGAGGCAUUUGCUGAUGAGUUAAAUGAGAAGUAUAAAAAGGGACUAGGUUCCAUCAGACUUUAUUAUUUUUUGAGAGCAUUAUUUUUCAACGCUAUCUCCGAGCAAGUAAUUUAUGAUUUGUUACUUGCUGGUGCAAGCUUUACUUUCAUUUUCCUAUUCAUGCUGUAUCAAACCGGCUCCCUAUGGAUAACUGGCUGGGCUGUUUUUAGUAUUCUCAGUUGCUUCUUUGGCGCCAAUUUCGUCUACAGAAUGAUCCUUGACUGUAGAUAUAUUGGGAUUUUUCAUGUUCUAUCCGUGUUUAUCAUAUUAGGUAUUGGUGCCGAUGAUGUUUUUGUUUUUCUGGACACUUGGAAGGGUUCUGAUGAGAGAGGAUUUCCAAGCUUGGCAGCAAAGCUGGCAUUCGUGUAUCGUCGAGCCGCUAGUGCCAUGUUUAUAACCUCGUUCACUACGAUCGUAGCGUUCACUACCAGUGUGUUCUCGCCACUUCUUGGCGUCUCGACGUUUGGAAUUUUCUCAGCGCUGCUGGUAUUUGUAAACUAUUUUUCUGUUAUAACAUUUUUCCCGACUGUUGUCAUAACAUACGAGCUGUAUUGGAAAGACUGGAAAUGGAAUUGCUUUGCGUCACUGGGUUGGACGGAGAAAGAAGAAACAAACCGAAAUCAGCUGGAAAUAGAACCGGCUAUCGAACAAGAACCACGAUGGACUGAGAAAUUCCAACAGCCUCAUAAACACAUAGUGAAAUUCUUGGGUGGAAGGUUCUACGAUUAUGUGAUUGGCCACAAAGUUGUCCGAUGGAUUAUACUGUCAAUAUUUGCAUUGAUAAUAUCUUUUUCUGUAUUCUUUGCCAUCAAAUUGACACCUGACGAAGACCAGGUGGCAGUAUGGGGUAAAGGAACCAAUUGGUAUAGCAUUAAAGAGCUAAGACGUUCGGUCUUUAAACCAAGUCAAGAAGACAAAGUGAUUAAAGUCAACUUAAUAUGGGGUUUAAAACCACAGAAUCGAGACCAGUGUCACUAUACGGACUACAAAUGCAGAGGUACCACAGUAUUCGACGAAAGCUUUGAUAUGAAUCCUCCACCAUGCCAAAUGGCACUUCUGGAGUUUUGCCAUGAACUACGUAAUAUGCCUCAAGCCAAGGUCGACAAGCUAAAAAUUCGUCGUAACCCUGUCACUGGAGAGCUGGAAGUGAACUGUUUUGCUGAUAUGAUGAACAACUACUUGAAGAAUGAAGCAUCUAAGAAGAUCUACCCAAACAACUCUAUUUUCACUCUACCCAUCACCGCAAAUAAAGCCAAGACCUUAAUGCGACACCAUCCGACUCUGUUCGAUGUUUCCAAGCUGACCGAUACGUAUUAUCGAUACUUUGAAGUGAUGAUGAGUUAUUGGUUGACCAAUGGUAACACUUCUUAUUCUAGUAACGAUUACAUCACAUAUAGUCGGCUGCUGGGUGGUUCUCUUGACAAGACGGAUAAAUCAACAACCCCAAAUUUCGCAGGAAAUCGGUUUGGCAAUCGAUUACUGUUUGCAUCAAUAGAGAUUAAUACCACUAUGGUACCUACACGACUCGGUCAUGUCGAAGGGCUUCAGAUAUAUAACCAUUGGGAGGACUUUAUGAAUACAAAGAUGGGAUCCAUGCCCUCAUCAUGUCGUAAUGGCUUCCAGGCAACACCCUCAGGACACAAUGCCUGGCACUGGAUGAAAGUACAAGAGGUUCUCGCAAGCACUGCAGUACGAGGAAUUCUCAUGAGCCUAGGACUAGCUAUUGCCUUACUUACUUUAAUGACGACCAACUGGAUUGUGGGAUUGAUGGCAGGCGCAACCAUCGCUUGCAUAACAGUGGGAGUUGUCGGCUUCAUUCCAAUGGUCGGCUGGAAACUUGGAGUUCUUGAGUCACUUAACCUUACCCUAGUCGUGGGUCUCGCUGUAGAUUACGUUGUUCACUUAGCGGACGGCUACGUGAGAUCRCCAUUCCAUACGCGUGAGGAAAAAAUCCGUGACGCCUUAGGAAGCGUAGGGAUAUCGGUUUUAUCCGGUGCGUCCACAACACUCGGUGCUUCGGUCUUCAUGCUAGCAGCAAAGAUUGUCUUCUUUUUCCAAUUUGGAAUCUUCAUGUUUGUAACGAUUGGACUUUCGAUUCUCUAUGCUUUGUUCUUCUUYACAACACUGUUAGCUUUGGUUGGUCCCAAUGGGAAAACAGGGUCCAUUUUGACGAUUUGGAGGUUUUUGAAAUCAGCAGUUUGCGAUAAGAGCAUGCACGAUGAUAAAGACARYAGACCUGUGCUGUGUGAUAGAUGUGGAAGUACUGUYAUUAGAGCUAGAGAAGAUGUCAUGUACGGGACAACAACUUAUACUUCUGCUGUGUAGGAGCUUCUUACCAUCGCAAGACCAUGUUUGACAUGGCGAGUAGAAGAAAAGGAGCUAGCAAUGAACAAGCUAUCUUUAACUCGCACCGAAUGUCAAAGAAAGUCAAGAUCUGACCUGCCAAAAUAUCCUAGCGUUGAUGGCAUUUUUAAAAAGGAAAAUCACUGAAUUCAACAAGGAGAAGCAAGCAAGACCAACAAAUAAACCAGCAAAUAAAGAAAUCAAUACACAGGAGAAUUAUUUCUUAAUUAAAUUAUGUAAAAUGGUUUUGAUGUUGAAGAAGAAGGUCAGAUCAAAACGAGCCUUUAAAAGUACAACUGACCUCAUUUUCUGACAGAGAGACAUUGUUUUGAUAAGAAAGAACAAAAACUGCAGUUUAAUAAUAUAUAAUAAAGAUGCUGAAUAAGUAAGAUAUAUAAUGUUUAAGAAAUAUAAUUUAAAGAAAAGUUUUUUUUAUAAAAAGCAAUUAGCUCAAACAUUUGACGAUCGAUGAUCUUUGCCAGCUCUAAAGCAACGCAGCAGUAUGAAAAUAAAUUAUGAAAAUGAAAUACAUUAAAAUGCCAAAAGAAUU